AUGCGUAUUCAAUCUCUCGUUCUUGCCGGCGCAACCGCUGCCGUCGCCGCUGACACUGUCACUCUCUUCCUGCCUGGAUUCGACUCCCAAGACCUUGUCGGAAAGGUCAUCGGCUCCAGCGGAUCCAUGACUACCUAUCUUCUCAACUGCCCUAGCGGCACUGACUCCGAUGACUGUGGUGUCCCAGAUGGCGGUGUCACCGUUGCGCAGGGUCACUCAACUGUUGAGGUUGGAUACGGUGCCCAUUCAGUCACAAUCUCAGAGAAAUGCGAAUAUGAUACCGAGUCCGCCAGCUGCUCCGUGAGCAUGAACGAGAGCGGCCUUACGACUGCGUUCCAAACCGCUGUCCCCUUGACCGAAAUUCCCGGCGCAAUGAUGCCUGUCACGAUCACUGGAACCGGAGCCGCCGCCGCUUCCGCUACCACCGGUGCCUCGGUUUCGGCCUCUACUGCCGCCUCGACCAGCGGAUCCACCCUGACUACUUCCGCUUCUUCUUCUACCGCCAUUGGUACCAGCACUGACGCCUCUUCCAGUGGCAGCAGCGCUGCUGCUACCAGCCAGACUGAGAGUGGCAAUGCCGCUAUGCCUAUGGUGACUGGAAAUGCUCGCUGGGCCGCUGGCGGUGUUGCUGCUGCUUUGGCUCUGGCUGCUCUCUGA